UUAGAAGAAGAAGAAGAAGAAGAAGAAGUGUUGCUAACAAUGGCGGCUCCCUCAGAGUUCCGGAUGGACCUGCUGCCUUCAGACCCGCUGCUGCACGUCUUAUCCUUCCUGAGCUUCAGAGACCUGAUCCACUGCAGCUUCGUCAGCAGGAGGUUGAAUGAACUCUCCAAACACAAUCCUCUGUGGAAGCUUCUCUGCUCUAAACACUGGCUGCUCUCAGAUGCUGACCGGCUGCAGAGCGGUCUGUCCUGGUACUGUCUAUUCAAACAGUACUACAGAGACCUGGGUCGGUACCUGCAGUACUACCCGGUCCUGAGGAGAUCCUGGGACCAGCUGAAGAGCUUCCUGCAGCAGAGGUGUCCCCGUAUGAUCGCAUCACUUAAAGGUGACCACGCCCCCUUUUCAUCUCCUCCUGUUGUUCACUGUGACCACGCCCCCUUUUCAUCUCCUCCUGUUGUUCACUGUGACCACGCCUCCUUUUUAUCUCCUCCUGUUGUUCACUGUGACCACGCCUCCUUUUUAUCUCCUCCUGUUGUUCACUGUGACCACGCCUCCUUUUCAUCAUCCCCUGUUGUUCACUGUGACCACGCCUCCUUUUUAUCUCCUCCUGUUGUUCACUGUGACCACGCCCCCUUUUCAUCUCCUCCUGUUGUUCACUGUGACCACGCCCCCUUUUUAUCUCCUCCUGUUGUUCACUGUGACCACGCCUCCUUUUUAUCUCCUCCUGUUGUUCACUGUGACCACGCCCCCUUUUUUAUCUCCUCCUGUUGUUCACUGUGACCUCGCCUCCUUUUUAUCUCC